GGGCAAGCGAGUGAGCGAGCAGGGAGGCAGGCAGGAAGGCAGGCAGGCGCCCGGGAGGCAGGCAGCGAGGAAGCGAGGGAGCCAGACAGGCCGGCGGAGGCCCGAAGGAAGCCGAAAGCCUGCCCCUGUGCCCAGGUCCUCCGGUUUCCCGUCCCGGAGCCCCCAGCGGAGCGGACGCGGCCCGCCCCGGCCAUGGCCUCGCUGCUGAAGGUGGAUCAGGAAGUGAAGCUCAAGGUUGAUUCUUUCAGGGAGCGGAUCACAAGUGAGGCAGAAGACUUGGUGGCAAAUUUUUUCCCAAAGAAGUUGUUAGAACUUGAUAGUUUUUUGAAGGAGCCUAUCUUAAACAUCCAUGAUUUAACCCAGAUCCACUCAGACAUGAAUCUCCCUGUCCCUGAUCCUAUCCUUCUUACCAAUAGCCACGACGGAUUGGAUGGUCCCACUUUGAAGAAGAGGAAGUUGGAUGAAUGUGAGGAGGCCUUCCAGGGUACCAAGGUAUUUGUGAUGCCUAAUGGGAUGUUAAAAAGCAACCAGCAGCUGGUGGACAUUAUUGAAAAGGUGAAACCUGAAAUCCGGCUAUUGAUCGAGAAAUGCAAUACGGUCAAAAUGUGGGUUCAGCUCCUUAUCCCCAGGAUAGAAGAUGGGAAUAACUUUGGUGUAUCCAUCCAGGAGGAGACUGUUGCAGAACUAAGGACUGUGGAGAGUGAAGCUGCAUCUUAUCUGGACCAGAUUUCUAGAUAUUACAUUACAAGAGCCAAAUUGGUUUCUAAAAUAGCCAAAUAUCCCCAUGUGGAAGACUAUCGACGCACAGUGACAGAGAUUGAUGAGAAAGAAUAUAUCAGCCUUCGGCUCAUCAUAUCAGAACUGAGGAACCAAUACGUCACUUUACAUGACAUGAUCCUGAAAAACAUUGAGAAGAUCAAGCGGCCCCGGAGCAGCAAUGCAGAGACGCUGUACUGAGGCCAGGGCCAGAGCCAGGGGACUCUGUGAGUCUGGCUCAAGACCGACAUUGCCUUGGUUUGUUACAUGACUAUCGAGAUGGGGAAACUGGCUGGAAAUAGUAAUCACACCUCUCUUCUGUUUUUAGUUAGAGUCUAAUGAAGCUCUCAUGUAGUUCUGUGACGUGUUUACCUCUUAUUUCAGGCCUCAGGAACUCUCCUACCCUAGUGCCCAUUCCCAACUUGCCCUGUCAAGACUCGUUUCUGGAGUGUUUGCAUAUGUGUGUUCAUGCACACAUGCACUUUCUCUUGAACUCUUUUCCCCACCCCAACCCAUCUCUGGUAUCUUGGUCUGUUUGUCUCCUUUUCAGUUAGUUGGUUAGAUAUUGGGGGAGUCAGAAGUGAAAGAAUUUAGUUUUUCUUUGAGGGAAUUGGGGGGGUGGGGUGCUACCGUUGCCUCUCUGGCGUAGAGGAUCUUUGAUUAUGGGAAUGGGGAAAGAAAGAGGAAGAGGUUGUAUUUCCUAAAUUGUAUCUCCCUACCAUGGGACCUUGGGAAAUAUACCUUCUACUGUCUCUUUCUCGUUUUUAAAAAAUGUCUUUAUUGUGAGGUUUUCAGUUUUUCAUAUAUAGCUUUGCCACCACACAUACGCCUGACCUUAUUACCAGACUCCUCCCCCUCCCCCCCAUCUUUAAAAGUUCAUUCUAGGAACAAGAGUCAGGUGUCCAGACUAAAGUGGAAGAGGCUUCAGCUGAGAGGCACAGUCUGUUCACCUGAACAGAGAGAUGGGGAGGAGAGGGUGAGGGCAGCCACCAGUCCUGUGACUCAAGUUUUGUUGGGAAUUGUAACAAAGAUUGCUGCCCCAACUGUUUGGUUCUUCUUAAAUCAGUUAAAAAUUAUGGGAGGGGGGUGGUGUUUUCUGAAGCUUAGAUCCAGAUGCUACUUUUGGGCUUCUUCCUUUUGGAAUAUUUUUAUUUAUAUUUUUUCCCAAGAAGGAUAGGACAUGUGUGUGUGUGUGCGUGCCUGUGUGUGUGCCUGUGUGUGUAUGUAUGUGCGCGUGUGCGCAUGUGUACAUGCGCAUGCGUGCGUAACUCUGGGAUGGAGCAGAAACAUGGAAGAGUUGCUGUCUUUCUCUUGAGAAUUCUGGAUAUAUUCCAUUAUUACAGGUUCUUCAGCCUCUCCCCUCCUCCCUCAGCUCUGUUACCUCUCAGAGAAAGUCUGCUUUUUUUCAGCCAAUCAACCCUUUUCCUAUGUGUGUUUCCAUCUUCCCUUCUGUUUUUCUCUGUUCCUCACUUUCCUGCUGGUUUCCACCUGGGAUGCAUCACUGUCUGUUCCAUUAUGUUAUAGUGAAGGAGUCAGGACAUUGUCUUCCCAUGAAUAAUAUUCAGUAACAAACCAACUGUGUUUUAGUUGGGCCUCUCCUAGAGCCUGUCCCCUUCCCAGCCUACCUUCUCCCUCUCCACCAUGUGUUUCUUGGUGUUGUUUGCUUUUUUGUUUGUUGGAUUGUUCUGAUGUCCCCAACCCUGCUUCCCCAAUCCUUAUCCUAUCCCAGCUUCCCUGGAUCGUAAUGUAAAAUCCUUUUACCAUGUCAAGAAAUUAUUAAAAAUACAGGUACUUUGACCUUUUUUUAAA